AUGGCGACUCUGCAACUAAUCCCUCCUCCUUCCCGCCCGAAACAUGAAAAUCCGGACCCAUCCCUUGAAGAAUCCCCCGAUUCUCUCCCAAACGAACUCAUUAUCGAGAUCCUCACUUGGCUUCCUGCCAAAACCUUCCUUCGGUUCCGGGUCGUCUCCAAAUCCUGGCGAGCCAUGAUUUCGGACCCGAAAUUCAUCAAAGCCCACCUCAGGAAUUCUUCCAGCCGGGGUGAUUACGCUCACCACCGGGUGCUUUUUCGGGGGUCCACAAGUGCUUCGGUGUACAACUACUACGACACCAGGUAUUUCCCCCUUGCUCCUGUCUUGUUUUGUCCUGCGAAGACUGCGAUUGUGUCAAAACGUGUGGAAAAUUGUGUCAUUAGCAGAGACAGUGAUAUUGUGGGUUGUGCAAAUGUUAUUGUUUGUGUUGGCGCGAAUAGGGAUGAACUGUUUUUUUGGAACCCUGCUAUUAGGAAGUGUAAGAAAUUGGCUCGGUUGACGAUGAUUGUCGAGUGUAUGUUGUUGCGACUGAUAGUUCUGGGGAUAACUGGAUUGAUGUGUACAGUGGGAACACCAACACUUGGGAGGAGGAUUGACGGCUUUGCGUUUGGUGUUUGGCCUGAUCCAGUGUUUCGUGUUGCUCGUGGGAAGCUUUAUUGGGGAAAUCGUACUAGUAAGGGGACCGACAUUGGUUUCUUUGACUUGAAGACUGAAACUUAUGGAGUGGUGCAACAACCCGACUAUGGGAAAGAUGCUUGUGAUCUGGAUUUGGAAGUUUUGAAUGGCUGUCUUGCUGUCUGCUGUUAUUCUCGCACCUCUCAUGUCGAUCUUUGGAUUAUGAAGGAACAUGGAGUGAAGGAAUCUUGGACCAAAGUGCUUUUAGUUCCUAACUUUGAGGAUCCCAGUCGUGUGAAGUACUGCAUUCCAAUUUUCAUGUCCAAGGAUGGCAAAAUUCUCUUUUGGUACUGGAAAUCCUUGGCUCUUUCUGAUCCUAAGACUAAAUCAGUGACCUACCCUCGUGUUAGUUUCAUGAGAGAGCCUUGGCAAGUUGAUGUAGUUGUUGAUAGUUUGGUUUUGGUUAAUGAUCAUGAUGCAGAAGAGCCAGUGAUGAUUACUGAUUCGGAUGUUAUCGACAUGCUUCCGCAUCCUGCUCCUAAUCUAGCAUAG